ACGCCCGGACCCCGCGAACCGGAUCGGCGGCGGCGGCGGCGGCGGCCAAGCCCGGGAGGCGGAGGCGGGACGCGGGAGGCGGUGGCGGCUGUACGCGGAGACGUAGCAGCGGCAGCAUGUCGGCCGGCGGAGCGGUCCCGCCGCCCCCGAACCCCGCUGUGUCCUUCCCGGCGCCCCGGAUCACCCUGCCCACUGGCCCCGACAUCCUGCGGACCUACUCGGGAGCUUUCGUCUGCCUGGAGAUUGUGCUUGGGGGACUGGUCUGGAUUUUGGUUGCUUCCUCCAGCGUUCCUCUACCUCUACUCCAAGGAUGGGUCAUGUUUGUAUCUGUAACAGCCUUCUUCUUUUCCCUUCUCUUCCUGGGCCUGUUCCUCACUGGUAUGGUGACUCAGAUUGAUGCCAACUGGAACUUCCUGGAUUUUGUCUAUCAUUUCGUCGUGUUUGUCUUCUACUUUGGAGCCUUUUUACUAGAAGCAGUGGCCACCUCCCUGCAUGACCUGCAGUGCAACACAACCAUGGUGGUGCAGCCGCUCCUGAACGACAGCCAGUACAACGUCAACGUGGCAGCCACCGUUUUUACCUUUAUGACGACAGCUUGUUAUGGCUGCAGUUUGGUUCUGGCUUUGCGAAGAUGGCGACCGUAACACUCCUUGGGAACCGAGAUUGUGCGCUAGUUUCACCUGUCCGCUUCAUCUGUCUGCUCACCUGGGUACCGUGUGUCCCAGCCUUCCAAGCACCAUUGAUUUUGUACAGAGAGAACCUAAGUUAAAGCUGUGCUUUGUUAUGUUUGUGGGGUUUUCAUUUUAUUCCGAUGCUGGAGAAAUAUCCUUUCAUUUUCCAGCGCUCUUUCCCUUUCUAAGUACAUUUCCCCUGCAUAUUCUUAAAAUAUGCAGACACUGUUCACAAAACAAUAGUAUUCCUUUUGUUUCUUAAGUCACCCAGACCUUAAUAACAGUAAAUAACUAGAACAAUGUAUCCCAAGCAGGCUUCUCAUUUAAUUCUAUAUCUAAUGUAAAACAGAGAAUGAUAUACAUUUUUCAUAAAGGGGUCAGAUAGCACAUAUGUAGGCCAUAUGGUUUCUGUGGCAAUUGUUCUGUCCUAUGGUAACAUAAAAGCAGCUAUAGACACUAUGUAAAUAAAUGAGUAUGUGUGUAUCCUAAUAAAGCUUUAUUUACAAAAAGGGAGCAAGACUGGAUUUGGUCCACAGACCAUAAUUCUAUCAACUACUGCCAUAUAUUGAACUAAUCAUGAAAGUUUAUCAACCUCAUUAGAUGAGCCACAUAACAUAUUUUCUUUUAUUUUGCAAUAAUCACAUUGCCUUUUGUUACUAGUUGAAUACUUACCCUUGAAAGGGCAUACAGCUUCUCAAGCAAACCCCAGCAGAGCCUUGGGUGUAGAGAAAAAUAAGGUAUGAAAUAAACUCCAAACUAAUGGUUUCCUAAGAGCUCAGAAGAUCUCACAUGAGAGUGCUUAAGACAAGAUCCCCAGAGGCAGUUAAUCACUACUGGAACUGGUAUCUUGUGCUGAUAUCUUACUUUGGUUUAUUUAUGCCAUAGAAUGUGGUUAUUUGUCCUGUGCAUGAAUAUAUAAAUAUUUAUGUGUGUAAAGCUUUUCCAAAUAGCCCUCUAAAGAAUUGAAUUUUUACUCCUGAUGGUUUUUGCAUUUCCUUUCUGAGUUAAAUUUGAAUAGACUAUUAACUAUAACAUAAAGCUAUAGGUUCUUACAUGCUUUGAUAAUAGCCCAGAUAUCUAUGUUGUAUUUAUGUUGGUGUCAGGCAGACAAAGUCAGUUUAAAACAGCAGCUAACACAAAAGCUAGCUCUGGCUGAAGAGUACAGAAAGAAAAAAAUCCUAAUCUGCCCAUUGACAUCAUGGGCUUAGCUAUGCACCACAAAUGGCUUCAAUGGAGAACAAAGUAAAGCUAGGCUACCAUUCCCACUAUAGUCUCAUUCGAGUUACUUGCCCGUUGCUUUAACAGGGCUGCUACUGGAAAAAGGGGACUUGAGGAUUGACCCAUCCAUCACCUGAGAGUGUCAUGAAGUUGGAGUAUUGGAUUUCUUGUAACAUAGAGAAAAAACGUGAAUGAACAGCAUAAUGUUCAAUCGCAUAACCAGUGGCCAAAUGCUGUUUAUCUAAUACUCUCCCAAAAGAAGAACAUACUGGGGCUAGCUUGGUGGUACAGCUAAAGAAAGACACUUCAAUGUGUAGCUUGAAGGAAUCCGUCUCGCAGCCUUACACGUAUCUCUUAUCUCUUCUACAUUGCCCUGCUUCCUUCAUUAUUUGCCAACUCCAGACCACACACCAAAAACCUGGAUUAUGAAUUAUAUAUUAUGAAGUCAUAAAUGUGCCAUAAAGAUACAUUGUACAUUGUACUUUGGAUCACUAAGAUGUAAUACACUAGAAUUUAGCUGAGAUUUUUAUCCCUCCCCGCAAGGUGUUAACAGGCCAUGCUUGGUUUGGUAUUAACUUAAAUGAGUUCAUUCAGAUGUACUUGUGGUCCUUUCGUAAAUGGAUUGCUUCUAGAUUAGUAAGACCCGAACCCAAAGCCCACUAACUGUGAAUACUUAGAUCUGUAGAUUGAUUGCAUUCAAGAUUGGUGAGCUGCGUGACAAAGCACUUGAACAAAAAUGAUGGCGUUUAAGAAUCUCUUUACAUAUCUUAGCUGUACAAACGAGAAAGUGUUGGUUGGUCUUAAAAUCUGAUAAAUUUAUUUUAUAAGUGUUAUGACUCUAAUAAAGUAUUCAUUUGAUAA